AUGCAGCCUUGGGUGGACGGUUCCUGCUCGGGCAUCCGUGUCUCGGCGGAUGGAUCCUGGAAGCCAGUCCCGGACCGGAAUGACGACGUCAACGACGAUUCGGGCAGUGACGGUGACUGCAAGGCCAAAGCGGCACCGAGCCGGCGGAGCAAGAGCAAGCCAGCCAGGGCGACAUCUACUAGCAGCAUGUAUCCAGACGUCCGCGCUCUGCAUCCGCUUCUCACCGACCUCACUUGA